CCUCACAUGUUCUAUAAACGCGUGUAAAUGUGUGUAAAUGUGUGAGGUGUCAGGGGGGACCAGUAGGCGACCAGCAGAGCUCCCAGUAUGAAAGGAAAAGUGGGAUUGGAGCAGUGACGUGAUCCGCUGGAAAGAGGGAGGGAGGAAGAGGGACGGCUGGACUCCAUUAAGCCGAAGCCUGCGGGAAAACUGUUUGGGAUACUUCACUACUUGAGCGAGUUCUUCGGGGAUUUCUUUCUGUUUUAAUCGUCUUAAAAACUCCUCAUACAUGAUUUAAAGAGGGGGAACUUGUUCUGUACCGUGUAGUCAACUGUUUUAGUGUGUUUCGUCUUUGUGAAGGAUGGCGCUGGACGGGAUCCGGAUGCCCGAUGGCUGUUACGCUGAUGGGACGUGGGAACUGAAGAUGCAUGUCACCGACCUCCACAGGGACGUGUCGCUUAGGGUCACCGGAGAGAUCCACAUUGGAGGAGUCAUGCUCAAGCUGGUGGAAAAACUAGAUGUAAAGAAGGACUGGUCAGACCACGCUUUGUGGUGGGAGAAGAAGAAGACAUGGCUGUUGAAAACCCACUGGACAUUGGACAAGUACGGCAUCCAAGCAGACGCCAGGCUGCUUUUCACGCCGCAGCACAAGCUCCUGCGCCUCCAGCUGCCCAACAUGAAGCACAUGAAGGUCAAAGUCAACUUCUCAGACCGCGUCUUCAAGGCCGUGUCCGACAUCUGCAAAACUUUCAAUAUCCGCCACCCAGAGGAGCUUUCUCUACUGCGUAAGCCCCGCGAUCCCAAGAAGAAAAAGAAAAAGCUGGAGGAGGCAGAGGAGGACGAUCUGGAGCUGGAGGGUCCUCUGUUAACCCCUGGAUCAGGGAGCAUCUACUCCAGCCCAGGCUUGUACAGCAAAACGAUGACCCCGACCUACGACUCCAGAGACGGCAGCCCACUGUCACCCACCACUGCCUGGUUCGGGGACAGCCCCCUCUCUGAGGGAAAUCCCAGCAUUCUCGCUGUCAGUCAGCCAAUCGCCUCACCUGACAUCCUGGUCAAACUCUACAAGCCCCAGUCCCUACUGGACAAAGCCAAAAUCAACCAGGGGUGGUUGGAUUCCUCCAGGUCUCUGAUGGAGCAGGAUGUAAAGGAGAAUGAGGUGCUGCUGUUGAGGUUCAAAUACCACAGUUUCUUUGACCUCAACCCAAAGUAUGAUGCGAUCCGAGUGAACCAGCUCUUUGAACAGGCCAAGUGGGCCAUCCUGCUGGAGGAAAUUGAGUGCACAGAAGAGGAAAUGAUGAUGUUUGCUGCCCUGCAGUACCACAUCAACAAGCUGUCAAUCAUGUCAUCAGACAACCACAUGAACAACAGCGAGAAGGAGGUGGAUGAGGUGGAUGCAGCCCUGUCAGACCUGGAGAUAACUUUGGAGGGAGGGAAGACGUCCAACACACUGGGUGACAUCACAUCUAUUCCAGAGCUAGCAGACUACGUUAAAGUCUUCAAACCCAAGAAACUGACACUGAAGGGUUAUAAGCAGUACUGGUGCACAUUCAAGGAUAUCACAAUUUCCUGUUACAAGAGUAAAGAGGAAUCACACGGGACGCCUGCUCUCCAAAUGAAUCUUAGAGGUUGUGAGGUAACUCCAGAUGUUAACAUCUCAGGUCAGAAAUUCAACAUCAAGCUGCUAAUCCCUGUGGCUGAUGGCAUGAAUGAGAUCUGGCUUCGGUGUGACAUGGAGAAGCAGUACGCCCACUGGAUGGCUGCCUGUCGCUUGGCCUCCAAAGGGAAGACCAUGGCUGACAGCUCUUACAACCUGGAGGUCCAGAACAUCCUGUCCUUCCUUAAGAUGCAACACAUGAACCCUGACCCUCAAUUCAUUGAGCCCAUCACAACUGACAUCAACCCGGAGUGCUUGGUGUCCCCGCGCUAUCUGAAGAAGUACAAGAACAAGCAGAUUUCAGCCCGGAUCCUUGAAGCCCACCAGAAUGUGGCCCAGAUGAGUCUCAUCGAGGCAAAGAUGCGCUUCAUCCAGGCGUGGCAGUCCCUGCCUGAGUUUGGAAUCACUCAUUUCCUUGCCAAGUUUCAGGGUGUAAAGCGGGAAGAGUUGAUGGGCAUCACUUACAACCGUUUGAUCAGGAUGGACGCUGGCACUGGAGAUGCCAUCAAGACCUGGCGCUUCAGCAACAUGAAACAGUGGAACGUCAACUGGGAGAUCAAGAUGGUGACGGUGGAAUUCGCAGACGAGCCCACUCUGUCUUUCGUCUGUGCCGAGGUGGACUGUAAGGUGGUCCACGAGUUCAUCGGCGGAUACAUCUUCCUGUCCACACGUGCCAAGGACCAGAACGAGUCUCUAGACGAGGAGAUGUUCUAUAAGCUGACUAGCGGCUGGGUCUGAGCUGCACUAAAGCAACAACCAGGGCUAACGCUGAUCCGUCGAGGCCCGGGAAUAGCGUCUGGGUGGGACGGGUUUAUGGGGGUUUAUGUUAUUCUAUUAUCUCUCAGUGUUUUUAUUGUUUGGAGCUGUGAGCCCAGAACAGCACUACUAUUGCCAUGGCUGACACAGUUUUAAUCAUCAUAGUGUUUUUAUUUUCAUUGAUGCUGACAAAUCAUUUGUUACAACACUAAAAUUGUGGCGAUGACAGUCCAGAUGAAGAUUGGAUCUUAAACUCUUGUGGGUGAACAGAAGCGUUACAAAAAGCCUGAACAGGGGGGACGUUUUUUUUUUCUGUUUUCCUACGCCCACCUGCGUCCUAUCAUCCUGGACUGACAGCCAUCAACGUAACAUCCCCGACAACCUUUUAAAACCAAUCGAACACCUCGUUUAAUCCCAAAGAUUCUCUUUUCUUCCUCUCUUUGUCAUUUUCCCUUCUUCUAAAACUUAAAAACUGACUCUAAUCUUAUUAUUUAUCCUAGAAAGCGUUUCAUCUAAGAGUUGAAUUGAAAGGGUGUAAACAGCAGUGUCCACUGAUUACAGCUCUACAUGUCCAUUCUAUCCGCUCCAUGAAGGGUUAAAUCUCUUUGAAGUCACAUGUAAGCACUUCUACACGAUAUAGUCCUCUCUUUGAAUAAGCUGUUGUUGUUGUUUUUCUUCUGCUUCUGAUGUCUGUUGUCUUUGUUUUGGAGCUCUCUGUAUUUAAAUGUAUUAGCUAACAGGUGCGACAUGAGAGCCUGAGUUUUUUUCUUUGUAACAGACUGCAUACCGCAAACACUUCAUGGAAACACUCUACAGCUCAGUGCACGGGGAUGAGAGACCUGUGGGUUUGAAAACUUGAUCCAACUGAUAAAAAUAUCCUCACAGCAAAAAAUACGGUCAUCUUUCUCAUCUUAUAAAGAUCUCUACUGGGGUGGAUUCAAAUGUCAGUAAAUAUACAAGAUUAUGUGUAUUUGAAAUGAACCAUUUUUUAAAUAACGUUUGAAUACUUCACACGAAGCCACAUGACAUUUUCUUUUCCGUAUCUUAAAGCUGAAGAAAAGGCGUCUGAAGCUUCUGACCUGGAAGUGGGCAUUCAGAAGUGCCACAGUGCGUUCACAUUUACCCCAACAUGUCUGUUAAUGGCUGCUAACGUCUUAGAAAAUCUCCACAGCAUGUUUGAAACUCCAUCCAGAGAUUUGACACCCCUGACAUCUCAUUGCAUGUACACGAACACUACAGGAGGGAUUGUUACUCCCUUUUUCCGUCUUCACCUAACUUUCCAUUCUGUUCCUCACACCGUAUAGUAUUAUAAUUAUUAUCACUUUUAUCAUUACACACCAGCAAAAAAGGUCACCAAGUUUGAAGAAUGAAUAUGCAAGUUUUUUUUGUCUGUCCUCAGUAUGAAGGAUCAGUAAAUGAAGUAUUAUUUUUUGUAACUAAUGUAAAAACACAAACGUUUUAUAGAAUUGUACAGUUUUUGUCUCUGCUUUACGUGGGGGGGUAGGUGGGCGGACAAGGGAGGGUUGGAAGUUUUCCUUACAGAUGAAAGGGGGGGGGGGAGCCAUCUGUCAACAUGUGUAGUAUUCAGAUUUGUGCUUGCUUAUGUUGUGGUCUUACUGAGUUUUCAGAUGAAGAUAUAUAUGAAUAUAUAUGAAGAUAACACUAGUCUCAAACUCCAGGUUUGAUAUAGAUUAAGAUAUUUGUGGAGAACAUCUAUUUUUUUUUAAGUACAGACAUGUAUUUUCAAUGUGCUCGUCUUUCUGGCAUUUCUACUUCAUUUUAUUGUUUUUCUUCUCUCUGUUCUACCGCUUGAAGAUUACAAUUGUCCAUUUGUGCCACUGCUUUGUGCUUUUAACUCAAUCUUUAGACUGACAGCGAUACUCAGUGCGCUACUCAAGAGCAAAUUUAAUUUGCUCCUUGCCUGGCGAAAUACUUCACUUAUUUGUCUGGUUUUGUCAUAAUCAAAGUGUGCCAUUUGAUGUUGUCUAUAUAAGGGGGGCCACCAUUUUUAGACCCUGGAGUUUGAGACGAACCACAAAAGUGAACUAAGAUGAGAAAAAAACAAGCCGAGUCUUUUUUUAUUUUCUCUGUUUUUGUUUGCCUUCGGUGUCAGGAGCAGCAGUGCAUGUCCUGCUGCUCUGUUUUCUGUCUGUAAAAAAUGCAUUUAUUUUAAAAAUAAAGACAUUUUUAUUUA